GAAUUAGUGAGGGUAAGGGCGCAAACCCUGCAGCUGUCGCGGUUAUCUCCUUGCCACAAUGGCGCACGUCACCCUACCGCAGCUGCAUAUAAGGAUCCCUAACGUCCCAUCUCGAUCUCCAAAGCCGUUCACGGUAUCCAGCUGCAAACAGAGGCGAAAUCGCCAAGCGCCUAAACCAACCCGAGCCACUGCCGACGACGACGACUUAAAAGGCGGCGACGGCGGACUUAGCAGCGUGUUCAACCAGUUUGUUCUCGUCAAGGGCAUUCCCUCACCGGCAGCUGUGGCGCAACGCAGCCAUCCAUCGCCGCUGCUGCCGCCCACAGGCGUGGUGGAGCAGACGAUGGAGGUGCUGCAGCGCAACGACUGGCCGGAGCCCGACACCGGUAUCAUGACCGCAUUCCACUUUACACAGCCGGCGGGGCAAGACGGCCCGGAUGCGGGCUCCGUGCGCAGCUGGCACGCGGGCGAGGAGUGGUUGCCGUGGCCUCGCUUCCACGCGCUGCUGCACACCGCCUACCGCCCGCUGCUGGGCUGCGACUCCUGGCGCGCGGUAUCGCCCUGCGUCUUCCCCAGCUCCCGCCAUGAUAACAGGGCCGUGCAAGCGGUGGAGGUGCGUGCCCGGCCCCGGACUCCGCAGCAGCACAGGCACGGGGGGCAGCAGAUGGAGGAGGAGGCGGCCAUGGAUCAGGGCGGAGCUGAGGCGUUGCGGCCGUAUACGUAUACAUUUUGCCUGGAGCGGCAAGACAGCGGCGCAUUCAAGGAUUGCUGGCUCAUAGCUGGGGUGCGCAUCGGCAACUAUGCCCUGUAGCGCAAGCAGCGCGGCAUGCCAAUGUACAACAAUGCAGCGAUCGCACAAUAUGAACGAAUCAGAGAGCAUGGAGAUUAUUUAUCCAAUGGGAAGACGCCCGUCAUAUCACCUUGGUUUGCACUACAUUGGUGCGGCUGGUGCGGUAGGGCAUGGUUUCAGUUCUGGAGGGAGCCAAUUUAGCAGCCAUGGUACCUCUUGAUAAAGGGUGUAUAGCUAUGCAACAUCGACCGGGUAUAAAUUUACGUGGAUGGACGUGACUCAUAGUUCCCAAAGCCCAAUGCUGACCCGUUGUUAACAGUUUACCUUGGUUGUGUUUACACCGCUUUCCAAUGUCCAGUACCGGUACGCUAUCAUUGAGGGGGAUACACAGACGGCCAUGCAACGGAGCUAGAAGCGUUCCCUCCGUUCUUCAGCUCCACGAUGAUAUUGUACCCAUGGCUGGUAACUCAGCCUUUUGUCCCUGCCUAUUACACUCGUCC